AUGUCAGGAGUUGAAAGUGUUGUGGUUGAUAAGGAUAAUCCAGUAGUGGUAGUGGAAGGAAGAUUUCUUCUGGAAAAGCUUUGCUCACGCCUCCGAAAUGUGACUAAUAAGGUGGUCACAGUUAAGAGGUCAGAGAUGGAAGAAACACAAGAACAAAGCGAGAGCAGCCAUGGAGAUGACCACAGACAAGAUAAACAGGAGAACAAUAACCAAAACGCAGAGACAAAUCAACAAGAUGAGAAGAACAGUCAGUCCAGCAAAGAGAUUGUGUUGAGAGUACUUAUGCAUUGUGAAGGAUGCAAAAGCAAGGUUUCUAAAUGCUUGAAAGGGGUUGAAGGCAUCGAAGAUGUUACGGUUGAUUAUGCGAAUCAGAGAGUGGUUGUGAAGGGGAAAAAGGCCAAUCCAUUGAAGGUUUUGGAGAGACUGCAGAAGAAGUAUAGCAGCAAUGCUGAACUCAUCUCUCCAAAACCAAAGCCUGAAAACAAAGAGAAAAAAGAGCCCUAA